AUGGCACCCACAGCUGCCGCUCUUCCUCAGAGCACGCAGCCUUCCUCUGCUGGCUCACAUCCAUCAGAGGCAAAUGUCAACCUCCACCCGGCAUCUGACGCUACCGCCCAACUCCGCCGUCGCACCACCACCACUCAGAAGCUGCACACGACCGCUCCCAGCUCGGUCGACGAGUACCCCGCAGACGACGAGAGCGAGGACAAGGACAAGGACUCCGAUGACAAGGUCGAGGUCAACUGGGGCAAGACCCCCAGCGGAGAAGUCUUCCGCGUCCCCCAGACUCACUCGUUUGUGCACACCAUGACCAAGACAUUCACCCGCUCGUCCCUCACCCGCUGGACCGUCUUCUCGCUCGUGUCCCAGCCCAUCCUUUUCUUCCUGCUCUCCGGCUACCCGACGCUUCGCUCCGCCUUCUUCCUCAUCUACUUUGCCUUCUGGCGCGGUGCCUACGACUUUGGCUUUGCGUGGCUCCUCCGUCAACAGUCUGAGAACCGCUACAUUAUCCGCACCCUGCGCCAGUGGGGCUGGCUCGACACAAAGUCCGAGUCGGGCGGCGAGGAAGGCCGCGAGUGGGCCCGCUGGUGGAAGCGCGAGCUCGAGAUGAAGAUGGGCGAGGGUUACAAGUGGGACAAUGUCCCGCAAGAGUUCAACUCGUGGCUCAUCUUCCGCCAGCUCGUUGACAUUGUGCUUCUAAACGACUUUGUGUCCUACUCGCUCUUUGCGUGGGCCAACCUCAACUUCCCCGCGAACCAGGGCGUCCUCAUGCACAUCUUCCGCUGGGUCUUUGGCUGGUCCCUCAUCGUUUUCAACCUCUGGGUCAAGAUGGACGCUCACCGCGUCGUCAAGGACUACGCCUGGUACUGGGGCGACGCUUUCUGGCUCAUGGUUAUGCAGCACGACCUCGUCUUUGAUGGUGUCUACGAGAUCGCCCCUCACCCGAUGUACUCGGUCGGUUAUGCCGUCGUCGGAUCAUACGCUGUUCUCUUUGUGUCGCUCGCGGCGCACGCGGCUCAGUUUGCCUUCCUCCUGUGGUUUGAGAACCCGCACAUCGAGCGCACGUAUGGCGGACCGAAGAAGCCGCUUGCGGCUCGUAUCCCGAUCGACCUGUCCGUGCCUCCCUCGACGGCUUCGGUCGACGAGCACGCCGUCGAGUCCAACUUUUCCUACGCACACGAUGCCUCGACCCCCGGCCAGACCGAGGGCGAGACGGAGACCGAGCCCGAGAUCCCCGAGCUUCCCGAGCACGGCGGACUCGGCAUUUCCGGUGUCUCUGCCUACGCGGGUGUCGACUCGAUUGACCGGUCUCUGGAGCGCGAGCGCGUUCGCCGCUCCCGCGCCCUCAGCACGAGCAUCCACGACCUCACCCAUCGCUUCUUCCGCAACCCCGUCGUGAUCUGCAGCAACCUUGACGUUUUCCGCGCGACCGACUUUGCCCUCGUUGUGCUGAUCUCGUACGCCGUCUUCGCCCUCGUCCCCGCCCUGCCUAAGAGCCUCGGCCUUGCCGCGCACUUCGUGCACGCACUCGCCUGGCGCCUGUUCCACAGCUAUGGUCUCGGCCUCGUCCUCCGCGCGCAGAGCAAGACCAAGUGGCUCGUCCGACACUACCUGAACAACUAUCCGUACCCCUCGGACGAUGAGAGCGACACGGACGAAGAGACGGGCGCGGACAAGAACGUGGUCACGCGCGCGACCGAGGAGGCAUUCCAGAACUGGCAGGCCGUGUACAACAUUUCCGUUGUUAUGACGUACAUUUCCUUCGCGGGGCUGGCGUGGAAGACCUACCACCUCCCCGCCGACUGGACGAUCAGCGGCACGAUCCUGCGCCACGUCCUCGGCGCGCUGCUUGUGGCGCUUCACGUGUGGUCCGCGACGAGCAUCUACGAGGUGCUCGGUGACUUUGGCUGGUUCUACUCUGACUUCUUCCUCUUCGACAAGGUCCCCUCCAACCUGGCGUACACCGGCAUCUACCGCUUCCUGAACAACCCCGAGCGCUCGCUUGGCGGCGCGGCCUUCCUCGGCCUGGCGCUCAUGUCCAACUCGGUUCUCGUCUUUGUGCUCGCGGCGUUCUCGCACCUGAGCCACUGGUGGUUCCUCUCGUUUGUUGAGGCGCCGCACAUGAAGAGGCUUUACGGCGACCGGCUGCGCAAGGACGGCGGUCUCACUAAGACGGUCAAGACUAUGGCAAGGCAGACGCUGCGCUCGUCUCAGGCUGGCGGCGUCAGCAACGUGAAGCGCUACGUCGACGAGGUGCGCGACUCGAUCGAAAAGGUCGAGGCCAAGGUGGCCGAGACGGUCGAGGAGCUUAUCGAAAAUGCUCGGCCCAGGCUCCAUGGCCUCGCGAAUGACACCAAGAAUCUCCUCACCGACGUGCGCGAGCAUAUGACUAUUACGCGUGUGGCCAAGGACAUGUCGGCGUACGACACGUCGCGCUACAGCAUCACUCUGCCUUCCUCCUCGACCGCCUCUUCUAUUCCCCGGUACCACGUCGGCCAGCCGAUCCGCGUCUCGUGGACUGCGCCCUCGAACCACUCGCGCAAGGACUGGAUCGGCAUCUACCGCGUCGGCGCGAGCAAGUCCAAGCUCGUCACGAAGGUUUCUUCCCGCGGCAAGUGGGUCCCGAUCUUUGAGGAGGAGUACCGUGGCGAGGAGCAGCGCACUGUCGCCCCGGAAGAGCGCGUCGAGGAAGGCGACGCCGGCAUUGCCGUGUUCCGCGGCAAGAGGCUGCCGUGGGCUCCAGGCAUGUACGAACUGCGCUACCACCAUGAUGGAAAGCAUAACGUCAUGUCCAUCAUCUCGCCUAUUGAGAUCUACGUGGACAAGCCCGACCCCGCGCAGAUGCACUCCUACCGCGCCGUGCACGACACGGUGAUGAACAUUGUGUGCUUCGCGCUCGAGGGGCAGGCGUCCCUCGUCCCCCGGUCGGCGCGCAAGCUGGCCAAGUCGACUCGCCGCCAGUUGAGCAUCAGCGCUCCCGACGCGCCGGUUCAUGUCCGCGAAGGAUCGACCGCCUCGCAGGUCUCGACCACCUCGUCGGUCGCGGGUCGCCCGGCCCCUCUCGCCAUCAGCGAGCUGGCCAACGAAAUCGCGCACGGUUCAGUGUCUUCGGACAGUGUGCCCGGCAGUCCCCCGCCCGAAGCCCUAAGCGAGGGACCGCUGCAAGAUCCAGACGACUUUGUGCUAAUGGACGAGCACCAGGUCCGGCACAUCCAGCAAAUGCUCGAGUGGACCUAUGGCGUGGAACUGAGCCACGACGUGGUCAUAGCCGAUGCUAAUGUGGGCGCGUUGGCGAAACGUAUCUUGGGAGCGCGCAAUUUGUUAGACGGGGCGGCCACGCCCGGUCCGACGCCCGCUACCACGGCCGCGCCGACGGGAACAGCCACGCCCGUCACGGCAAGUGACCCUGCGCCGCUGACGCCUGUGACGCCGAUCACUUCGGCGCCCUCGGCGUGA